UCAUUUUAGUACAAUUAUUCUCUUUUUCUUAAUCUAAAUGUUCAUCAGUUUUGUUCAUCUUCUUGAUGAACCAACAGUUGCUUUUUUUCUGUUUAUUUCUGCUCUCAUCAUUUUUCUGCUAGCUCUGGCUUUCAGUUUGUUCUUUUUGUAGUUCCUUAAAAGAUAUAAAGUUAGAUUGUUGAUAUGAGAGCUUUUAGAAAUGUGUUUACAGGUAUAAAUUUCAGAACUGGUUGUUGCAUUCCAUACAUUUUGUUAUGUUUUCAUUUGUGUCAGGGUACUUUCUAAAUUCCCUUGUUUUUUCUUCUUGGAUGCAUUGGUUAUUUAAGAAUGUGCUAUAUAUAAUUUCUGCAUAUUUGUGAAUUUUCCAGCUUGCGCUAUCAAUUUCUAGUUUCAUUCCAUUGUGAUCAGAAAGAUACGUGAUUUUGAUCUUUUUUAAUUUAUUAAGACUUUUUGCGAUCUUAGGUAUGGUUCAACCCAAAGAAUGUUCUAUGUAUACUUGAGAAAAAUAUGUAUUCUGCUCUUGUUGGGUGAUGUGUUGUUGGGUGAUAGGUGGUAUUUUUUUUUUCUUGCAUUACUUAAAAUAUAUACUCCCACUGCCUUCUGGCUUGCAAGGUUUCUGCUGAGAUUAGCGUCCUAGAGCAGAGGGAAAAAAGUAAAGUACUAUAUAAUUUUGGAGGGCAUUAGAUGAACCACUGCUUUCAAAUAUUUUCCUUGCCCACCUACAUGCUACUGUUCUCUCAGGCAGAAGAAAUUGUGAAAUCAAGCUCCAUGUUGCGUCUUUAGACGUAUCAGCGACAGUCACUGUGCGGUCUGGAGUCGUGUGAAUGCAUGUUACCUGUGUGUGAAAGGAUCGCUGAGAUACUAGAGAAGCCCAAAGAGAAUUGCCUAGUAUAGUCAUGAGCUAGAAAUGUUGCAAAAAUGCAUGGAUUCCUGUAGAGUUGUCUUGGAUUGGCUUACUUUGGUACCAUUAUGCUAUAGACGUAUACUUCUAUGUUCAUCAAUUUCAAAGAUGGGCUAUGUCACAGAAUUUCCUUAAUGUCUUGUUCAACACAUAAAUGUGAAUAUUUAACCAAAAUUUGGAGGUAAUCGUUUUUAACAGAGUUUACCAUGUAGUAGUUUUGUUUUGUUUUUUUUUUAAACAUUCUUGGAGCUUUAAAGCAGAAUUUGACUACUAAGGCUAUAAGAACUGUGCUGGGCCCCCAUGGCAUGGGCAAGCUCUUUGUGAAUGGCAGAGGUAAAGCAGCGGUUUCUAAUUUCUAAUUUUCAAUUUUGAAACUCCUUUGAUGUCAUCCAUCCUGCAGCAAAGACCUCAGGAAACACUGACAAAUCCCAAAUGUGGAGGUCAGUGAUGGCACCACCUCAGUGACUACUGUCUGCAGAAUUUCUGAAGCAGGUGGAAACAUGAGCAGGAAAGUUUAAACCCACAACCUCCAAACUUUGUGCGCUGCCACCCAGUUGGCAUUUAACAAGAUCAAAGCAGUUGCUGUGACUGAAGGAAGACAAAGCAGAGAAAGCUACUGGAAAAGUGUGCCACGACUGCGCUGAGCUCCAAGCUGAUUUCCUAGCAGAAAACAAUUGCUAAGAUGCUAGUGGAUGCAGUCAUAUGGUUGAUUUGCUGAAGCUUAAAACUAUUAAAAUCAAGAAAGUGCAAGGUGGAAUCUUUGAGGUAGCUGGUAGCUGGCAUCACAUUCAAAAAGACUUUAAUACACUGGGUUUGAAUUGCAACCCCCAAAAGUACAAUAAUCCAAUGGUUACCCUUUUAAUAUUAAGUUCAAACUGAGAAAGAUAAAGCUGAAGACCGAGUCCACAUAGUCAAGGAUUAUUGAUACAUUAUUAUUAUUAAGGUACAUUAUGACAAGUUAGAGUAGAUGUAUCAUUUUGAAGCCUGCUGGUCUUAUCCAAACUCCCCUUAGGGUUAUGGCCACCCAGUACUUUGCUGACAGGGACAUGUUCUGUGCUGAAGGAUCUGAAGACAAUAAUUAUGACAUGUAGAGGUUCAAUCCAGACCAGUGUGAAUACUGUUAGCAGAGGUGCCUUGCCACUGCCAGGUCUUUGAAGAAACCCAAGAGGCAAGAGGUGCAGUUAAUUCACUGACUGCAGACUUGCAUCAUCAACCUAUGGAGGAAAGAACUGGCCAUGCAUGAUGGCGUCAAGUAGAGUGACUGGCGGUGAGGCCACUGAGGUGCAGCUCCCUACGUACCUGUGGGAUUAUUCAAGGACUACUCCAGGGAAACAGCAGCUGUUGGUUGUGGCAUUCUGCGGUCUUGGAAAUGAUCCCAUUCCGGCUCCAUGACUAUGCUGGCUUUGAUAUCACAAGCUGCAGAUUUGGCAUGCCCAAGGAGGCACGCGGUAUGGGGUGGACAUCAACAAGGACAUUGCUGACAACUUUGAGGCCUUUAUGUGAGAGCUGGCCAUGGUGCAGAUCAAUGCCAUGACUGCAGCCUGUGUGGCGCGUGCCUUAUGUCAGUAGCUGAAACCAUCAAGUACUCUUGCUCAAGAGUAGCUGCUGGCUGGGACUGAAGUGGUGAUUUACCCCCAAGAUUGUGGCCACCCCCACUGAGAGGCACCGGCCCUCACAAGAGGGGCUGGCUGCAGGGUGUGUUUACUCUCCUUAGUUGUUAAUUUUUAUUACAAGGAAGGGUAGUAAUUGGCCUCUGUUCUCACUGGAGGUUAUUUGAUUACAAUUUAAGACUGGAGGGUAAAACAGGCUGUGUACAUGGAUUGUAAACUGUGGCAGGAGCAACUAGUUAAACUGGGGCAGUUAGAAUCUAUUCCCAAAGGCUAGCUCUGUCCUUAAACCUGAGGGUGGGGACCUAGUUCUUCCCAUGAUGUAACUGCAGUUAAGAAUGCAAGAAAGGAGAGUCAUAGUUCUUGGGCCUAUGUGACUAAAGAGUGAGGGCUCUAAGUAAAACAGUGAAUGAAUUUUUUAUGAUAAUGGCAGGUUUAAGAGGCAGUAUAAAGACACCUGGAGAGGUGUAAUUCUUCUUACAUGCUUUUUGAGCAGGAAGUUACAUUAUUUUGUCUAGAGGUGUUUUCCCAGACCAGCUCUAUGCGAGACUGGCAGAGGUCAGGACACAUUCUUCUUUUGAGGAGUUUACAUAGUAAUUAACCAAUGCAGUCCUGUAGCCCUUCCAAGUUGGCCUCUUCUGAAACCCAUGUCAGGAGGAGGUGUAGCUCAAAUGGGCUGUCAGCUCCCAGGGGCCAGGGAUCAGGCCCAUCGGGCUGUCUCUGUUCAGCUUGAGCUGAACUGAUACAUGCACUUCACAUUUUUACAUUGAUAGUACUUAAUUCUGAGAUAAUAUUUCCCCUUUUUUAAAGAAGAAGAAAAUGGCACAAAGAAAAUAAGGUGCCACCUACCUUCUGACUGGCAGAGCCAGAAUUCAAGUUCAGGUGUACAAGUUCCAGAUCCUGUGUGCUUUUGCGCCCACCUUAUCAGUUUUCCAUAGGAAAUGUGCGAUGGCUUUUUAUUGUGAUGGCUUAUCAUGCAUUGGCUUUUAUUUUCUGAGUGUUUCUAAUUAGUGCUAUUCUGUUUUUUAUUGAGGAAAUUAGAAAACCAUGAGGUGGGUAAUGCCAUUAAAAAGGGUUUCUUGAGAAAUAAUGUUCAAUCUGAAAUUUAAAGGGUCAUCAAAUACACUACAAUACAAAUACAAUAGAAUUUUAGCAUAAUCCUAGUAAGCUCAGAGCAGAAUCAAUUCAACAAAAUUGAUCUCAUGUCAGCCAAUUUUCUUUUUAAAAGCAUUUUAAAGUAAAAAUACUAAACUUUGUAAGUCAAUCGCACAGCACAGAUGGCAUUAUAAGGACUGUUCUAUACAUUCUCUACCAAAAAACAAGGCUAGGAGUGGCUCUGUGCCUACUAGAUUAAUUAGGUUAAUGAUCCUGUUUAAGUUUUACAGAAAAUCAUCAUUACCUUUCUUUUAGCAGCUCAUUAUUUAAUUAGACUCUUUGUAGGAAAGUGGGAACACCAACUUGUAAGAGUAAAUUCCAUUGGUGAGCGCACACAGUGGCGGUGGUCCUGGAGCUACGGAACAGCUUUGGUUUUGCACAGAAUUUGGGUCCGCAGCUUUCCGGUCUGCCUUGCGCUGCUCUGUGGUAGAUCUCGCCUUCUUGGCACCGGGGCUGACGCUGCUGCUGCUUGAAGUAAGCAUCAGUGACAUUUUGGCAUUUUCAUACCAGGGAUAUGAAUUUUGGUGGAGGUGGCGAUGACAAUUUCUAGUGUGCCCUAAGCAGACACACUCGACGGAGGGACAGUGGUCCAGCCACAGGUAGCAAGCCGCUGCCCUGCUGCUCCAAGAAAAUUACCCUUGUGCCUCUGCGCUGCCGGGCUAGGACAGCCAGGAUGGUCCCGGGAGUGAUGCACCUCACGAUCUUCUCACGAGGGGCUUGUCCCCGAGUCUCAGCAGCUCUCGAGCUACAUCGUCAGUGGAGAAGGUCAGGCGUUCUGCCAAGCUCAGCCGCCUGUGCACGGCCAUUCUUGCCGCCAGCUGGUCUUGCGACAGUAGCAAGAACUUUCUCAUUUUUCUUUUCAAUCCUGGAUUUAGCUGCUUGUCCCUGACCUGUGUGGGGUCUAUGACAAGUCGGGAAUAUCUGCAGAGUCCUCUCCCUGGGACGGGCUUUCGGCUACGGUGUCCUUCUUGGGCUUCUUACCCUCGCCACCGGCAUCAGCUCUCUUGGCUUCGGGUUUCUUCACUUCAGCAGCUGCCUCCUCAGCUUUUUCACCUGUCAUGUUGCCAGAUGGGAAAGGGAGCUAAGGCCCCAGUGUCUAGUCUAUCACAUCGUCACCCCUCAAUAACAAAGGAUGUGUUCUCAUUUAGACAACUGCUCAAAGUCACUCAGUUAAUAGGAAGCCAUCGGGUACCUGAAGUAGGUUCUGCCUCCAAAGCUUUCAGUUAUGCUAUAGAGUUUCCUGAGAGAAAUCACAUGCUUAGUUUUUGUAUCAUCUGUAGCUGCUGUUAAAGUUGUUACUUUGUUAAACUUAUACCAUCUGAAAUGAACAUCUGUGUCCCUUCUUUUCCAGACUGUGCUGACACAGCUUGACAGCCACACCUUGAAUAAUAAAUGGAAGACUUCAGGACAUUGAUCAAGCUAAUAUUCUAGUGAAGAGCCUCAGUGGGUCAUGCUGAGUAAGAGAUAAGGUGCAGCCGAACUGGACGAUGGACUGGAGGGGCCAACUUGCAGAGAUUAUGGGAGCCUGGAAAGAAAAUUCACCUUAAGAGAAUGACCAGUCUGACAGAGCAAGCCCCAUCUUCCCAAGUAGAUGAAUGUUGGAGGCAAACUAGUCUCAGAAGAACUGGGACGUAGACACGAGGUCCUGGGGCAUGAGAGCAUUCACCAGAGACAGAGUUGGAAGCAGAACAGCCCCUCCGCCGUGUUCCUGAACCCCGUCGGCCUGCAGGCAGGACCGGCGAGUGGCGCCCGAACGUGGGACACGAGUACGAGGGAUCCUCUGAGGGACCGAUCAAUCAGUAAGGUAAGGAUUAGGUAAGUGAUCGGCAUCAUGGGCAAUACCAUGUCCAAGGGCCAACUUGUUAGAGCCCUGCAACUUCUCCUUAAACAUUAUGGAACUCCCAUUAAGGUUCAGACCCUUCAUAAUCUAGUCUCAGUCCUCGCAAAUACCAGCAAAUGGUUCUUUCAGCAGGACACCGUCUCAGUAAGAAACUGGGAAAAGGUCAAAGCAGACUUCCUUCUUUACAGGGACCUUUAUGGACCCCAAACUAUCCCCCCCUGUAUUUUUUCUGUGUGGCAGCUAGUACAUGAUGCCCUUAGUGAUGGGGGAGCAGCUGCUUAUGAACUAGUGGCUGAGGUAUUGCACUCUGCAGCUCAGUCCGAAAGCAAAAAGCCUGCCACAUACUCGGCUGCAGCAAGCUCAGCCACAGAAACCCCCCCUUCUCAAUCCUCAAAUCCCGGGGUAGAUUCCUCUUCAGACGAGGGGAAUGUGGAGGACAAUACAAACUAUCCACCUCCCUAUGAUAGACCACCCCCAUCACCCAAAAAUGCAUCAACCAAAAAUCGGUGGCAUCCCUCCCCCACCACUCUCCCCUAUGCCCCUCCACUUAACUCCCAUGGCUCUGACCCAGACCUUCCUGGGCUUAUACAGUCCCUAACUUCUGUUCUUUCAAGAUUUGUACCCUCCAACUCUGAAAAUUCUCGGGAAUCCCUUCUGGCCUGCCCGGUCUCAGUUGUUCAAAAUGAUCAGGGACAGCAGGUCCGGCAACAUUCGGCACUGCCUUUCCGAGACCUCAAGCACUUAAAAGAAUCUAUCAAAGACUAUGGACUUCAGAGCCCUUUUGUUCACCAAAUGUUAGACACCUUUGAAACCUUUAUUAUGACACCCAAUGACUGGAAGGACACUUUCCGUGCGGUUUUGAGCCCGGGGGAUUAUCUUUUGUGGAAGGGUCAGUUUACAGAACUCUGUGACCAGUAUGCUCAAACCAAUAUUCAAAGAGGUUUUCCCCAACAAACUAAAGAAAUGUUAACCGGGGAGGGUCCCAAUGAUAGUACUAAUCAGCAACAAUGUUUAUAUAAUCCUGUUGUUUUUGCACAAGUAGCCUUGGCUGUAAAAUCAGCUUGAAAGGCACUGGGAUCCAGGGGACAGCCUCACCAAUCCCUUACAAAAAUCCUUCAGGGCCCCUCAGAGCCAUUUGCUGACUUUGUAGCUCGCCUUCUAACAGCAGCCUCUAGAAUUAUGGGUGAGGGCGAGCCUACCUCUAUGCUAGUCAAACAAUUGGUAUUUGAAAAUGCUAACAAAUGGUGCCAGGAGGCCAUUCGCCCAUGGAAGGAUAAGCAGGAUAUUUCUGGGUACAUACGCUUGUGUAAGGAUAUUGACGGGGCUACCGUUACAGGCACCAUCAUGGCGGCGGCUCUGCAGCCAUCAGCCCAGCACCCCCCCUCCUUUGCAACAUGAUUCAUUGGACAAUAGUUAAUAAUCCCCCUUUCCUUCUGCCAGUUUCCAGAAAGGGGGGUAUUCUCCUGUCAUUCUUGUCUAUCAAUUCCACCACUGGACUCCCUUCUAUAGUGUUUUUCAAUCUAUCGUUCAACAAUCAAUCCUCCCUCAAUUGUACCUGUCACCUUUCCUCUUGUUGGUCCAGAACCCUCAGCAAUUCCUUUGUUGUCAUGCGUUUCCCUAAGGUCAUUAUUAUGCCUGUCAAUGUGUUUGAGUCUACUUCUCAGGUAAUCAUCCGAAAUCGACAAGCAGGUCCGGCAUUGGUUGUUGGCGCCUUGAUCUCCAUCUUCUCGACGCUGGCAGCUGCAGCCAUGGUGGUCGGCGGCCUAGAUCUAUCCAACUUUGUACUCAACGCAGAUAUCAACAGCCAUCUCGCAGUCGGACUACUCCAGAGUCUCCAGCACCUUUCUCACACAAAAUUCCAUCAACAACCAUCUCGCAGUCGGACUACUCCAGCUGAAUCCACAAGUUUCCUUAAUACAGGAAGAAAUUGACUUACUGACUUUAACUGCUCAUGUCCCUUGUAUUCCUACCUAUGCCUUCAUGUGUGUUACAACUGCCAUCCUUUUCAACUAUUCCUUUCAAGUUCUUACCCUUAAUGCCUACCUGCGCGGCCCGUGGAACCAAACUUACUCAAUUUACUGCACAAUUGGCUAAUCAAAUUCUAACCAUUAACAACAUCCAUGCUUCAGUACAAAAUCCUUGGGGGAAGCAAUAUCACUCCUAGGUACAAUCCUCUUCUGCCUGGAAAUCAUUUUCUACAUCCUGUGGUGCCAGUGGAAUAGACGAAAAAUCUGCAAGUAGCUCUCCAAAACGUGCACUUUUCUCCAUUACAGCCCACUGAAAAUCCCAGGGUGUGGAUAAACAUUGCCCUUGACCACCUGUAGGCCAAUGAUGGGUAAGAUGGUGGUGUACAUGUAGCAACCUAACACAGCUCCACUACCUUACCUAGGACCCUGGUAGUGGGUGGCUAUGACGGGUAAGCACGUGAGUACGACUGCCACAACCUAAGACAGGCCCAGUGUGUGUCCCCCCCCAUCACUAAAGUAAAAACGGGGGAGAUGUCAGUACCAGGCUUACACCAGCAGGGGGACCUGGGGUGGUGGUCGCUUCCGCCCAAAGAUGAGUCACUUCCGCCCAAAGCUGAGGCUGAUGCAACAGUAACUGGAUGUUGCAAAUCACGUAAAGCGCAUGCGCAGGCUUUCUGAGAGAGAGAGAGAGAGAGAGAGAGAGAGACAACCACUCUUGUUUUCAUUAACUUUUGUGUCUUUUUUUUUUUUCUAUAUUUAUGCUCAAAUUUUCAUCAUUACCUUCAUUCUACUGAUACUUGGCUGGAUGUUUCUAGUUUCUUCAGGUGUAAGCUUAGAUGUUUACUGAAACUUUCUUGUUUAUUGAUGUGGGCCUGUAUUGCUACAAACCUCCCUCUUAAUAGCACAUUUGUUGCAUUUCACGGUCUGGUAGUUACUCUAUUUAUUUUCUUUUUUAAAAAAUCCUUUUUUAAAAGAUUUAUUUAUUUAUGCAUACAUAAUAUGUACCUCUGGUGUACAGGCCAGAGGUGUAGGGGGUGAGAGGACUCACCAGAGACAGAGUGGGGAACAGAACAAACAGACUGACUGAAAUACACUGCUGAUGUUAUAGGACAGGGAGAGGGGCAGCCCAAACCCC